UACGUCACUUUAUCUCCAACCAUCCAAUUUCAAACCCUAAUUUCUCAUCGAGAACAACAAUCAAUCCCAAAAAUGUUGAGACACGCUGCUAAGAGAAUCACAGGGUCAGGAUUAGCCCCGACACUGUGGUCUGCACCGGCGGCGAGCCGGUUUUAUCACGAGAGGGUUGUGGACCAUUACAAUAAUCCCCGUAACGUUGGUGCGUUUGACAAGAACGAUCCGACCGUUGGCACAGGGCUUGUGGGUGCCCCUGCUUGUGGAGAUGUUAUGAAGCUCCAGAUUAAGGUUGAUGAAGAGACUGGAAAGAUUACUGAUGCUUGUUUCAAGACGUUUGGUUGUGGUUCUGCUAUUGCAUCUUCUUCUGUUGCUACUGAAUGGGUCAAGGGAAAGCAGAUGGAGGAAGUUCUAUCCAUUAAGAACACAGAAAUUGCAAAACACCUUUCUCUACCUCCUGUGAAGCUGCACUGCAGCAUGCUUGCAGAGGAUGCCAUCAAGGCAGCAGUCAAAGAUUACGAGACCAAACGUGGUAAAGCGGUUGCUUCCACUAGUGACAAGGCUGCUGAGGCUUGAUCAUUCAUACAACCAAACCGUACAACAAAGUUAUAUGCAUAUGCUUUUGGCAGUAUGUUCUUUUUCUGUAGUUUCUUCUUUUCAUAGUGUGAUAAGCUUCGAGUAUCCUGUGUUUGGUAUGUAACUCGUGUUAUGUUUCUAUAGAUGUUUGGUACAUUUGAAACAGACGAUAUAUGAAUCUGUAUGUAUUUCAUUGUGAAACGACUAAUGACUACUUGAAAAAAAAUAAGGAAUAAAUUUUUUUAUUGGAUUUUUAAAA